AUGUUAAACAGUGUGCUCUUCACAGCACCUCAACAGAUGGAGCUGGUUCAGGACCCAAAGGAGAACCAGAUUCAUUUGACAUUCAAGUUAAAGCAAGUCAGCGCCAUUCCUAUGAUCCCUGUCCACACCUACAAACAUUUUCCCCUUUGGGAAAUCACACACAAGGCUGGGGGUCCAGGGUCUGCACAUCUGGCACGGCUGUCCCCGCAGCAGGAGAGCGGCCACGGCAAAGGGGGACUCCUGGAAGAGUGGCUGGUGCAGUUUUACUCCUCGUCCUGCGGACACUGCGUGGCCUUCGCGCCCACCUGGCGCGCCUUGGCGGGGGACGUCCACGAGUGGGAGCCUGCCAUCAGAGUUGGUGUGCUGGAUUGUGGAGACGAGAAGAACUUUGAACGGUGUAAAGAGUAUGGAAUUCAGUAUUAUCCCACUUUCAGGUAUUUCAGAGCUUUUACCAAGCAGUUUACGGUUGGAGAAGAUCAGCAUGCGAGCUCAAGUCGGGAUCCUCAGGCCAUCCGCAAGACGAUUAUUGAUUUUCUGCAGAACCAUUCCCGAGAAGCAAAACCGCCGGCUUGUCCUGCUUUGGAAUCAACCGCGCCAGAAGAAGUGCUUUCCCUUUUCAAUAAACGCAGUCAGCAUUACACCGCGGUUAUUUUUGAGAGUGGGAGCUCGUAUAUUGGGCGAGAGGUGAUCUUGGAUCUGAGCCAGUAUGAAAACAUUGCUGUAAAGCGAGUUCUAAAUUCCGAGGCAGCUUUUCUUGAAAAACUUGGUAUUCCUUCAGUCCCUUCAUUGUACCUGACUUAUCCCAAUGGAUCCCAUGGACUAAUCAACAUUUUGAAGCCUCUUCGGUCUUUCUUUUCUUCCCAUUUAAAGUCACUCCCUGGGGUUAGAAAGAAACUUGCUUCUCCACUUCCACUUCUCCAGCAAAACAGAGAAGAAAACGUGGACAUCAAGGAAUGGAAAGAGUUUGACCAGUCCAAAUUAUAUAUGGCUGACCUUGAAUCUGGGCUGCAUUACUUGUUUAGGGUAGAACUGGCCACUCACAAAACACUAGAAGGAGCUGAGCUGAGGACCUUGAAAGAUGUCGUUAUACUCCUGGCCAAGCUCUUUCCCGGCCGUCAACCCGUGAUGAAGUCACUGGAGACCUUACAAGUGUGGCUGCUCAGCCUCCCGUUGGAGCGAAUCCCCUACGAUGCCAUCUUGGACCUGCUGAACAACAAAAUGCAGAUCUCAGGGCUGUUUCUGCCCAGCCGCGUCCAGUGGGUCGAGUGCCAGGGCAGCCAGCUGAGACUGCGAGGUUAUACGUGUGCCUUCUGGAAGCUCUUCCACACCCUAACGGUUCAAGCAGCAGCACAGCCCAGGGCCUUGCUCAACACAGGCUUUGAAGACAAUCCACAGGUGGUUCUCCAGAUCAUGCAAAAAUACGUCCAGGAUUUCUUUGGCUGCCGAGCCUGUGCGCAGCACUUCGGAGAGAUGGCCAGAUUGUCUUUGGAUUCUGUGAAGACCUGGGAUGAAGCCGUGCUGUGGCUCUGGGAGAAGCACAAUAUUGUGAAUGCCCGACUGGCAGGCGAUUUGAGUGAAGAUCCCAAAUUCCCCAAAGUGCAGUGGCCCACCCCAGCUCUUUGCCCUGCGUGCCACAGAGAGGCCAAAAGCGCCCCUACCUGGAACAAGACGCAGGUGCUCCAGUUCCUGAAGCAGCAUUAUGGCAGCCACAACAUCGUGGAGACCUACGUCGAGGAAGCAGAUGUCGAUGAACGAGACCCCCAAGGUGGGAGAGAGGCACCUAAGAAGGAACCUCCAAGGGAGGAGGACAAGGGCCAAGAUCCAGAAAAGCCCUUGGAUUCAAGGUCCAAAGCCAAGCAGGAAGACCCAGGGAAAAGGGCAGCUGAGUCAGCUGUCAAUAAGGAAGAGAAGCAGGCGGUGUCGUUUUUGGGAAUUGGCUUCUCCAACAUCGACAUGAGCCUGUGCAUAGUUCUUUAUGUAGCAUCAUCUUUAUUUUUAAUGAUCAUGUUCUUUUUUUUCCGGGUGAGAUCCAAGCGCUGGAAAGUGAGAUAUUACCGUCCCUACGUAUAGCGGAUAAAGUGGAAGUCAACUUUCUGCCUGUAAAUGGCUCACUUGUACUCACCUGCAGCUGUAAUGGCAGGGAAUCAGGGAAUUUUUUUACAGCGCAACGUUUUUCAUUUUGAAAAGGUGCUGUUCCUCCUCGUUCUCAUUUACUGGUGGUCUGUUUCCCAACUGUUGGACACUUUGAAUUUGGAACAGUUGCCUGGAAGAACAGGAAAGCUGGUGUGUACCACACAGGUGUUAUUCUGAAGAAACAUUAAAAUGUUUCUGGUGA